AUGAGGUUUAUGAACGUAUCUCUUUUCUUUACCUCUGAUGAGGUGCUAGUUCGUGGCUUCCGCACCAUCAAAGCACUUCCAAACAUCACUAUUGAUGACAACAACAAACGAAAUAAUGAAAGAUUCAUGAGCUUUUUUGGGGUAUCAACAACAGUGAUUUCCUUUGCCUGGGCCUAUAUCUUGAAAUCCCCUGAUUCCGGCAUUGACCUGAAAGACAAAAGUGAGAAAGGAUUCCAAAAGAUUCUGACUGCUUGUCACUACUUGUGGGCGAGACCGAAGAACAACGAAAUUCUUGCUACCACAUGUGGGUAUAACUGCAAACGACAUGUUGAGGGUGAGAACCUGUGGAAAUAUGUAAAAGCACUUGCAAAGAUCAAGGAUCAAGUAAUUGUAUGGCCAGAGACCAAGUACAAUAAUCCAAGAGGGCAAAAAAUCCUUGGAACCAUCGAUGGUGUUGAUUUCAAAACAAGAGAGAAAUCGACAGACCAGUUCAACCAGUGCCCCAAGCAGUUCACAUACAAGCAUCACCAUUGUGGAGUCAAGUACGAGCUCAUAGUCGAUGCAUAUACAGCAAAGAUUGUUUCAAUCAAUGGGCCGUUCCGAGGUGGUAUGAGCGACAAAGAAAUUUACCAAAACAAAGUCAAAGACAGAAUUCCUGAUGGCAAAUUCCUUGUUGCCGAUAGGGGCUAUACUAACAACAAGGUCCCAGGAUGGAACGACAAGUUUGCGUUUCCCUCCCACACUGACUCCAAAUGGUUGGCAAACACAAAAUCUCGCCUACGAUGCAGACAUGAAGCAGUGAACGGGAAACUUGUCCAGUUUGCGGUAUUGCACAAAGAGUUCACACACCCCCAUGACAAACAUGUAUUCGCAUUCGAAGCAGUUUGUGUGCUCGUGCAAUUGUCCAUGAACUUUGGACACCCAAUUUGGGGAGCCUAG